AUAACAAGAGAAAGAAAGGAUUGAAUGAGCGGUGACUUAAUUGACCAGCAACAAGAACCCAUCACAUACCACACCACCAGUGUCUUUUCCUCCUUUUCUUUGCAUCUAUGGAGUUCUGAAUUAUAAUCCAAUUCUCUCUGUCUACAUAUAUAACAUAAUUGUCGUGCAUAGGUUUGCACUGAAUUGAAUUAAAAAUGCAGAGUAGGGGAUCGAGUCACAGACUCUCAAGUAUGGGUAAUCGAUCCCGCAUUCCCGCACUCCUCAUCUCCAUGUUCGCCACUUUCGCUUCUAUUUACGUCGCUGGAAGGCUUUGGCAGGAUGCAGAGAAUCGCGUUUACCUCAUCAAAGAGCUCGACAGGAUCACUGGUCAGGGACAAUCUGCUAUUUCUGUGGAUGAUACAUUGAAGAUCAUAGCCUGCAGGGAACAACAUAAGAAGCUUGAUGCCCUUGAGACGGAACUUUCUGCGGCUAGACAAGAGGGUUUUGUUUCGAAACCCUUGAUAGAGACUAAUGGAACUUACUCUAGGAGAAGGCCGUUGGUUGUGAUAGGUAUACUAACAAAGUUUGGCCGCCAAAAGAAUAGAGAUGCAAUCCGCAAGGCGUGGAUGGGAAGUGGUUCAUCUUUGAAGAAAAUUGAAGAUGGAAAGGGCAUCAUUGUGCGAUUUGUUAUUGGUAGAAGUGAAAAUCGUGGAGACAAUCUGGAUAAAGACAUUGAUCGUGAGAAUAGGCUGACUAAUGACUUCAUAAUUCUUGAUAAUCACGUGGAAACAAAUGAUGCAUUCCCAAAGAAGGCUAAAUUGUUCUUUGCUUAUGCUGCAGACAAAUGGGAUGCUGAGUUUUAUGCUAAAGUCAAUGAUGAUGUUUAUGUAAAUAUUGAUGCCUUGGGAUCUACACUUGCUGCUCACUUGGACAAACCACGUGUUUACUUGGGAUGCAUGAAAUCAGGCGAAGUUUUCUCUGAGCUGAACCAUAAAUGGUACGAACCAGAAUGGUGGAAAUUUGGUGACAAAAAAUCAUACUUUCGCCAUGCAUCAGGAGAGAUGUAUGUUAUAUCACGAGCUUUGGCCAAAUUUAUAUCAAUAAACAGAUCUAUUCUUCGUACAUAUGCCCACGAUGAUGUGAGCGCUGGAUCAUGGUUUAUUGGACUUGAUGUGAAGCAUGUUGAUGAGGCAAAGUUUUGUUGUUCAUCUUGGUCGACAGGAGCAAUCUGUGCCGGUGUUUGAAUUCAUUCAAGUACAUUAUUUGUGAGAAGACCACAAACGUAAUACAUGUCUUUGGAAAAGUUGUUUGAUGUCCAUGAACAACAGUUUCAUCUUAUGAGAACAGUUGGCAAGUUGAGCGGUUGAAGGUUUACUUGCAGUUAUAACUGAGGCAUGCAACAUCUACAGCAAAUAAAACUUCAGCUUCCCGCCUUGGUUUUUUUUUUUUUUUUUUUUUUUUCUACAAGAGCUUGCUGUCUAUAAAUUGAUUUCUAUCAUUCUUGGGUUCCUUCUUUUCGUAGGCGUUGAGGAAGAGGGUCCUAUUAGUUAAAGAACUUCCAAAAUUGUACUUAAUGGAAGUAUUUAUAGGAAUGACAUGGUGGCUCAUAAUCUCAUUCGCAGUUAAGGGAACUUUGUUUUUGUACAUGAAAUAGACAGUGAAUUUUGAUUCA